ACUCUUGUAAACAACAAUGCCUAUAUUAAAUAUCUAUUCAAACAACGUAAAAUGUUUUUACAGAGUAAGAUUAUGUUCAUUCAGUGCAUUAGUUGUAUUUAUUGCUGUAGUAUUUACGUUAGCAACACCUUUAUAUUUUAUACAUCACACAGGAGGGUUUUGGAUUAGAACUCGAACUUACUGGGAGAAGCCCAAUGUACACUUCAAGCAUAAAUAUUUUUUGUUAAUUGAGCAGGAAAACACGAAUCCUCUAAUUUGUUCGACGUUUUCUCACUACAAAGAUAACAUCAUCAAAGAUGACUGCAAUAUCGUAAAGGUAAUCAACUCAACUUUUAUAUGUUCAAAAAUGUUAAAUAAACACGUUUUGCGAAUAUUAAAGGUGCAGGAAAUAGAUAGCGAUAAAAACGGUCUGCAAGAUUCGUUGAAGUUUGAAGUUUUGUUUUAUACAAAUAAGCCAAUCAGAUCCUUGAAAUUACUUUUAUUUUUCGAUUACGAAUUAAAGGAACAUAUUCACAUAACUAUCGAAGCAAUGGCUGUAAUAGAACACGCCGUUGUUCACGAAGUUCAGGAAUUAGAUUUUUUUGGGGAUUUGGUGCUGCGACAAAAUGAUGUUUUAUUACACGAUGGUUUAUACUGCGUAAAUGACAACAGUACCGACUUGAAUUCUUUUAACCUGCCUGACCUGUUGGCAGAAAACACCGACAAAUUACUUUCAGGAAAAAUCGCAAAUUUGAGAACAUUGCCGAAAUUAGGAUUCAUCAAAGACGAACCGCUGAGCAUUAGAGCGAAGGUUUUCUACGCAACCCAGGCGAUCAAUUAUCGGCCGGGCUUUUGGGAAGAAGUUAAGUGGGCUUGGAUGCAGUACGUUUCACUACUGAUAAUCUUCGUCUAUUUCGUGAGAAAAGCACUGACGAGAUUGUUCUCCACGAAACGCCUACGAAGUUACGUGGUAGUACCCUGGCAUGGAAAAUAAAGUUUGAUAAUUGUACAUUCCACACGAGUAGUCAAUUUUAAGCGACAUAUCACUAGAGGCGGUCGGGGGAUCGAUCAUCUGGGCGCUCGAGCGUAGUGUGCCCAAAAGGGCAGGCGUGUGCGAUGGUGAGAGACACGUCGAUAGCCAACAAAAGAAAGGGAGGC